AUGAAUGCAGCAAGAUGGAAGCGGCCGGCUACAAGUUUAGUUCAACCACUGGUUUUGCUAAUUUUGCUGCAGAUGGAAAAAAUGGAUGUACCUCUACGAUACCUGCAAGGCUUUGCCGAAGACUAUAGACAGAUUCUGUUGAAUGUGAAACAAGAGCUGGUGUUGAGAGUCAAUCCUAAUUUCAAUGACUGUGUGAGUGUUGCCAGUGCUAAUGUUACAAUCACAAAGUUUUUGUGGAGUAUGCCAUAUUUAGAAGUGGCUGAUGAUGUGAGAAUGCAUCUGCUACAGAUUGUGCAGAAUGACAUACCAAUCGGUAUACCAUUUCGACAUUGGGAAUUGUACGAGUACCCAACCUUGCCGCAAAGUACAAAACAUACAUGGACUGUCAAGUCAACAACUCAGCAUGAGAAGCCACGCUACAUUGUAGUUGGCAUGCAGACUGCAAGACGAGGUGUAGCAGCAGCUAACAGUUCAAAAUUUGACAAGUGUAGUAUGAAGGAUAUUCAAGUGUUUUUAAACAACAAAUACUACCCGUAUGAGAGCAUUGAUGGUGAUGAUAAUCGCAUCUACAACAUGUAUGCAGCUUUCAAUGGAGUCUACAAUCAUGAUAAUGCUCACUCAUCCAAACCUCUGCUUGAAACAGGAGCUAUAAGCACUGAUAAUAUAAUGUUGUUUGCUUUCGUUUGCUCCCGCCAAAAUGAAUCACUCAAAACUGGAUGUAUCGAUGUUAGGAUUGAGUUUGAAGCUACUGCCAACAUACCCGCCAAUACACGAGCCUACUGCCUAAUGAUUCAUGAAAUGAUCAAAGAGUACCGACCAUUGACUGGUCUAGUACAGUCAGCAUAG